CCUGAUUUUAUAACUGUUAACACCAACGAGUCCACAUACAUAUACGACGUGGAGAAUAUCUGGUAUUUUAUAGACAAAGAGAAAGCGGAAGUGAUCGCGGGAUGUCUAUCUUGACUCUCCGUAACCAAGGUAACGGUGCUAGCUUUGUGUGCUACAGGGAUGCUAGCUAGCUGUGUUCAAAGUUAACACGCAGUUGCCAUUCUAUCAAUUAUUUCUUUACACUUUAAUUGCAGUUAACGCUAGAUAAGAUAGUCACUGUUAAUUAUUAUUAAUUUAGCCAAAAGAAGACACAUUUAUUAAGAUGUUUACAGACGAAGCGCUAGAUUCAGUGGAAAUUGAGUCUCUUUGGAGGAAAUCUCAGCAGGCUGCACAGGAGUCGAGAGGAUGUCAAACCAGAGCGGUCCACAGCACUGAGGCAGAGGUCCAGACUGUGUCGACCUCUAGCAGCUGGACUCAGACAGAAGAGCCACAACAUCAGGACACAGAGCAGCUCCUCCAGCAAAACCAGGAUGACCCGGAUCCACCCGGCCUGAAGGACUUCCUGCAGCGGGUCGAGGACUCGGUCAUCAGAGAGUUGGUCAGAAACGCUCGGAGUCACGCCUUCGAUGGGUUUCAGGUCAACUGGGAGGAGCACAAUAAUCGUGUUUCUUGCCUCCAUUGUCUUCAACAUCCCAGCGCUCAGGAGAGAGGUCUGCAUGUAACCAGUGUGUCCUGGAGCUGCACAGGCUCAGUUAUUGCCUGCGCCUACGGUCGGAUUGAUGAAGGAGACUGGAGCACUGAGAAUUCCUACGUUUGUACCUGGAACCUGAACCGUCAGAAUCUGAACCCCAAUCAAGCAGAUCUGGUUAUAGAUGUUCCAACAACAGUCACUGCUCUGUGCUGUCACCACCAGCCCGCACUCAUCGCAGGGGGUCUGUACACUGGGGAGGUGGUGGUCUGGGACACCAGUCAGACUCAGGACCCCGUGCUGGUCCAAACUGGGAUGUCAGCAGACAGCCACAGAGAGCCGGUGUAUCAGGUUUCCUGGGUGCCCCUGCAGAAGAAAGGAGAGUUCGGCGUGCUGAGUGCGAGCUCCAGAGGUCAGGUUCUGCUGUGGACGGUGGACUCUGAUCAGAACGCAUUCGUCCUGAACGCUGCGUACGCGUUCGUGAGACAGCAGGUUCCUCACAGCAGCAGCUUCAAGGUGCGGGGCAGCAGCACCGUGGGCGUCACCUCUCUGGCUCUCUCUCCCUGGGACUCUGACACCUUCCUGGUCGGUUCUGAGGGCGGCCUCCUGCUCCGCUGCUCCUUCUCCGCUCAGACUCCGGCCGCUGUUCCUUCUGAAGGUCAGAGUGUGACUCCCAGAGCCCCCGCGGUGUUCUCCUUCAGGCCCCGCAGAGGGCCGGUCCACUCCAUCCACUGCUCCCCUUUCCACAGGAACCUGUUUGUGAGCACGGGGACGGACGGCCUGGCUCACCUGCACUCUCUGCUGCAGGUCGACCCGCUGCUCUCUCUCCGGGUGUCAGACUCGUACGUGUUCCAGGUGCAGUGGUCUCCAACCCGACCGCUGGUGUUUGCUGCAGCCACGGGGCAAGGUGAGGUGCAGAUAUUCGACCUGGGCCGCAGGUCUCUGAGGCCGGCCGCCACCAUCGAAGAAGGGGGAGCGGGACACGCGGCGACAUGUUUGUCCUUCAACCAUCAGAACCCUCGCCAGCUGGCGGUGGGGAAAACAAACGGGACAGUCGCUGUCUGGCAGCUGAGCACGGAGCUGACGGAGCAGAACCCCAGAGAGAGCAGCCAGCUGGAGCAGAUAGCCAAUCAGGUGGCAGAAUGAGACGUGUGAAGACU